AUGCGUUCUUCUAAUGCAGAUUUUGUUGAUUUAUCGAAUUCAGAUCCGAAGCGUUUACGUUUAUGCUUUACAGAUGUGAAUAAUACUGUUUAUGCUAUGGCCACUACUUCUGUCACUGGUACUAAUAACACUACUUCUACUACUACCUCACACGUUGGCGUUAGUGAAUGUAACGAAACAGAGGAGUUGAAUAAUUAUCAACAAUUUUCAUCUCAUUUGUUAAAUCAUUCCUAUGAUCAGCUUUCACACUAUCAGGCUAAUAAUAGUAGUCGAAUUCAUUCACGUCAUAAAACUUCUUCUCCUUUAACAUCGUUAUCAUCAUUAACAACAGGUGUGUCUUCAACAUCAAUCUCAGGUAUUUGGUAUCCAUCAUGUCUUGAACUUGUAAAUUCUUCUAAAUCAUCUUUUCUCCCUACAUCAUCAGAAUUACACGACUCAUCCGUUAUGAAUGAAUGUUCUAGUUAUCUUCAAAUUAUGGACACAAAUUAUCAUCCUUUAAUAAAAGAUACUCCUCAGUCAACGUCAGUUUAUUUAAAUUCUAAUCUUGCUACUCUAUCAUCAUCAGUUUUGCGUCCUUCGAGUAUUGUGUUACAAAAUGUCAAUGAAAGUGUCAGUCACAGUAAUAAUACUUGUAUUAGCAAUACAUCUAUUGGUCCUAACCCUGGUUCUGCAGCUGUAAAUACUACUUCUGUCAUGAAUAACAAUGAUAAUACUUCACAAUUACCUUUACAUACCGAUAAUCACACAUUUAAAAAAGGCUAA